UCCGUCAACGUUUAGCUUCUGACGUGGUUAGUCUGUCGGCAGUUUGUUCACACCAGGAGCAAACUAUUUUCCGUAGAAAAAUUGAUUUUUCGUCUUAAUUUAAGUGUAAAUUCGGAUUAAUUUCAGUGCGACAAUGAAACUCCUAGGUUUCGCGAUACUGCUGGGCAGUUGUUUGGUAUCGUCCGUCUGGACGACGAGAACCGUAUCCAAAUACAUCACUCCGGCGGAUCAAGAUCGUUAUCAGAAAAUCUUCACCGAUGGUCUCAAAUCGUCCGAUCUGCAGGCGGUGUACUUUUCGUCGGUGAAUGUGGCCGACAAGUCACCGGAUGCCUGCAGCCGGUUGGACGCGGUUUACCUCGAGUCUAAGUUUAAUGAUUUCGAGAAGAAUUUCUACUACUCCGGGUCGUGGAAGAAUUUCGGAUGUAAAACGGUUCCGACAAAGGUCAAGCAAACUGUAGAGGCCGCUCUGCAGAAGGAUACCGGUUCCACUCAGGAAGUCUACUUCAAUCUGCAUGCGGCAAAGUAUUUGGGUGUCUCUGUGGAUGAAGCCACAAAGGCACGAUUGGCUAAGAACUUGCAGGCUAUUUUGAAGAAGGACGAUUCUUUGAACAGUCUAGGCCAUGCAUUUGCUGUGGCGGCAGAGCUGGGAACUAAUGGGGCUUUUGCUUACGAUCGUGUUGAGGAUGCCUUUGUCCAGGCAGAUGAAGUCGACGGAAAGAUGCUGCAGUUCGAGGGAGGAUUGAGCAUUACGGCUUUGAUUGUGAACGGCGCGUUCAAAUUGACUGCGAGUCUGAAUAAGCCAGCUCCGAUUAAUGCUGAUCAGGCGGUCAAAUUAGCAACUUACUUCCUGUCCCGUUCGUCGGUUCAAACUCCAAAGGGAGUGAGCAUUCUGCUGGAAGCUUUGAAUACACUUUCCACUCAGAAGGCUAUCGCUCCCAUUUGCGUCAAGCUGUCCGGAAAUGGGCAACUCUUGCCAGAAUCUCCCGUGCUGAUGGUGAAAGUAAGCGAUCUGUUGGGUAAGCCUUUGAGUCCGGCUUUGGCCAUUGUGAGCAUUUCUGUCACUUCGAAGGCAACAAGCGAAGCGUUGGUCAGCAAGGUGAAUAUGGUUCCAAGUAAUAGCGAUCCCAGCGUGUUUACGUACAGCCUAAAGACGGUGAAGCCAGCUCGUGGCCAGUACAAGGUUGAUGUCGAUGCUGGAGGUUACAAGCAGACGGUGAAAAUCAACGUCUUGGGCAAAGUCAAGGUUAGCUCAUUGGAAAUUGGCGUAGGAGAUUCGGAUAGCACCUCUGCCGUUAAGAAGCACACGGUUACCUAUGGCAGCAAGCUGGACACGGAAUUGGCAGCUGAUUCACAGCAGAAGAUUGUGCUGAAGACGGUGCUCGUUGACGACGUCAGCGGAAAGUCGGUCAGUGUCCAUCAAGCGUUUGUGCUGCUACGCAACAAGGCUACCAAUCAGGAGAUUAUCUUCGUCGCCGAAGCGGACUCCAGCAAGGCGUACAAGUUUGAGAUGGAUGUCGGAGCCAGAAGCAACGAUUUCGGCUACAAGAGCGGAGUUUACUCGGUUGAACUGAUCGUCGGAGAUGCCCUGAUCUCCAACUCCUUCCGGUGGUUGCUCGCUGAUGUGAGUCUGAAAUUCACCGGAGAACUCGCCAAAGAAACCGCCAACACGGUCCGUCAGCCCCUGCCGGAAAUCAUUCACCAAUUCCGCGCCCCGGAGAAACGUCCACCCCGUAUGGUCUCGGAUCUGUUCACUGGUCUGUGUCUGGCUCCGCUCGCCCUGCUGGUUCUGCUGUGGGCCAAACUUAGGGCCAAUAUUUGCAAUUUCCCCUGCUCGCUCAGCGGGAUCGGUUUCCACCUGGGAUUGGGAGGCAUCCUGGCCCUGUUCGGAGUCUUCUGGCUCCAGCUGAACAUGUUCGAAACCAUUCGCUAUCUCAUUCCACUGGCGCUGUUUACCUUCCUCUGCGGCAACCGGCUACUGAGGACCAUCGCCGGCCGAAGCUCGGAGAAGUGAGCGUGUGAUCUCGUCGAAGUCCCCUCGCUCUUUUCUUCUUAUCCUUCGAGUCUGUCCGAAUCCCGAUACGCGGUGCACCACUACCCUACGACACUGACAAGACAUUCCCUCGAAUACAGAGCAGCACAAGAGGGUCACAACCAAACAGCAGCAUUUCUAGAGCAUUGGCACUUUCUCGUUCCGAUUGAGGGGUAUUUUCAGUUUUAGUGGAAAUAAGUCGCGCGCACUCGCGGAAAUAGUCUUAUAAAGGUAAUGAUUAAUUUAAGCUGUUCCGUCGCCGGUCAUCGUCAUAAGUUAGGAGAAGCAAUGGAUGAUGACAUACUAAAAUACUGAUUGCAAUUGCGAAUAAGUUGGAGUGUGAAAUAAAAUGUGACAAAAGGAAGAA